UUAAUUUCUCUCUUCCCCAUUUCGAAUUGUUUGUCAUCCACUUGGGACAUCUUUCCUUCCAUUUCCAGCAAAUUGAGAGCUACCUCACACGGUUUAUAAAUAACCCAAGGCCAAGCGUAUAAAUGUGUCCAGAGUCCAUAUACAGUAGUUAUUUUGGAGGUCUUCAAACCGUGUGAUGUGCAGCCUGUCAAAUUUUCAGGCCAGGUUGUUUGGAAUGUUACAAGUCCUGUGCAGUAGGGCACACUGAUCUACAUUCAUUGUGCAUUCACUGGAACAAACCACUCUGUCAAGUGGGGGUUCCAGAGGACCAGCUUCACUCUCAGGGGGUCCAAUUUCACCAGCAUGCCUAUUGGACCAGCAUCAUGCCCUCAGCUGGCCAACUGCCCCACAGUGAUUGUGAUGGUGGGUCUGCCUGCCAGAGGCAAGACCUACAUGUCCAAGAAACUCACCCGAUACCUGAACUGGAUUGGGGUCAAGUGCAGAGUGUUCAAUGUUGGAGAGUACCGACGAAGUGCCGUCAAGGAAUACAAGAAGUUUGACUUCUUCGACCCUCAGAACAAGGAGGCCAUGAAGAUUAGAAAUAAAGUUUGUGAGCAGGCUAUGGAAGAUAUGAUUGGUUGGCUAGAGAAUGAAGGUGAUGUAGCUGUUUUUGAUGCAACCAACACGACUCGAGAGAGACGCCAGCUGGUUAUGGACUACUGUCAAAAGGAGAAGAACUUCAAGGUCUUUUUCAUUGAGUCAAUGUGCGAUGAUCCGGAAGUGGUUGCAGAAAAUGUGAAGGGGCAUGAGGAAUUGGGGGAGAUAUCAGAAGGACGCGGUGCCGCUGCGCCGUUCAGGCGUGAUGUCGGCGAAGUGAAGGUGAACAGCCCAGACUACAGGAACAUGAACAAGGACGAGGCCAUGAGAGACUUUCUGGAGCGGAUCCGCAUGUACCAGAAGAGUUACGAACCUCUCGACACUGAAUACGACAAGGAGAAGUCCUUCAUCCAAGUGCACAAUGUCGGCCAGCGUUUCCUCGUGAACCAGAUCCAGGACCACGUCCAGAGCAAGAUCUGCUACUACCUGAUGAACAUCCAUGUUCUCCCCAGGAGCAUCUACCUUACUCGGCAUGGUGAAAGUGAGUUGAACAUCAAGGGCCGUAUCGGCGGCGACUCCUCCCUCUCCUUCCGCGGCCGACAGUUCGCCAACGCGCUGGCGAAGUUCAUGGAAGAACAGGACGUCAACAACCUGAAGGUGUGGACCAGCCAGCUGAAGCGCACCAUCGAGACGGCCGGCGGCUUCCACGCACCCAUCGAACAGUGGAAGGCUCUGAACGAGAUUGAUGCGGGGGUGUGUGAGGAAAUGACAUACGAGGAGAUCCAAGAGAAGUACCCCGAGGAGUUUGCUAUGCGGGAUCAGGACAAGUACCACUACCGGUACCCUCGCGGGGAGUCAUAUCAAGACCUGGUGGCCCGCCUGGAGCCUGUGAUUAUGGAGCUGGAGAGACAGACCAACGUGCUGGUCAUCUGUCAUCAGGCUGUCAUGAGAUGUCUGCUGGCGUACUUCCUGGAUAAGAACUCAGAUGAUCUUCCAUAUCUGAAAGUGCCCCUACACACAGUCAUGAAGCUGACCCCUAUGGCUUAUGGUUGUAAGGUGGAGUCCUUUUACCUGAAUAUUGAAGCUGUCAACACACACAGAGAGAGACCAAAGGAUCAGUGCUCGAGUGCCCCCACUGCUGAGUUGGCUGCUGUCCAACUGUCUGUAGAGUGCUCUGCCUCAGGGAACACUGACCCCCAGAGAAAGAGUGAAGAUGCAUUGGAGACAGUGCCAGACCACUACUGAAGGAGACAGGGACACACCAUGGCAAGAACCAGAUCCAACUGGCAAGUUUAGAUCACAAGGGAACUCGGCAAAGACUGAAAAGUACUAUUUAAUGUUGGAAGAAUGAUAACUGUGAUACAAGAAAAGUAUAUUUACUAAAUAAAAAGUAUGUAUACAAUAUAGGCUGGAAAUUAUAUAUCAGAAAAUAUCCAAGAGCAUUUAUGAUGGGACAGCUAACACUGGACACUUUGAAUGGGAGAGGUUACUUUUUUAGUAAGUGUACCAACUUUAGAACUAUCUAAACCAUGUGUCAAUGUAGUACAUCUAGUGACCUUUCUCAUGUCAGCUAAAAGACCAAGUGUCUUUUGUUCUGCCCUGAUGAAGAUAUCUGUCUUAAAGACAUGUCUUGGACAUUGAAAACACCGAAAUGUCAAAGUGACCAGUGUUAGUUGGGCCACAUCCCGCUUCCUUGCUGCUGAACCGUCCUGUGGAUGUCAGUACUUGUAAAAAGCUAUAGGUUCUGAGAUACCUUAUUUUGAUGUACAUAUGUGAUUAUAAAAGGCCAUAAUGACUUAAAUUACUGUAAAGUAGAUGAGUUAACAAGAUGAUGAGAAUACUGUAAAAUGUGUCAUUUUUGUGUUGCUACAUUUUGAGAAGUUUGAAGCUAGUUGGCAGGACGUCAUUUCAGAGGUAAACAUUUCUCAAACUAGCUCUGAUUAAUUCAUGUUUGUAAUGCCCAGUGUAGAGGUUUUAGCCCAAUUCAUCAAAAUUAAAAACACGCCAAAGAAAAUUCUACUAUACAUGUAUUUGCCAGAUAAGAAACUUAGCUGUGCAAUUAGGUUAAAUGAAGUCUUCUCAUACAUUACAGCUAUCAAUAUUGUUUUAUCAUUGUGUACAAAAUGGGACAGAGUAAUAGGAUGGAGAGAGUAAUUUGUGGUUAACAAUGUUAACAGACAGGUGUACCUUCACACGUGUAACAAAGUCUAGUGUAUAUUUUGUGACGGUUGCUCCAACACUGUGAACUAUUGUUGUACCGGUACUCAAUAGUUUCACUCAAUCUUUUAACAAGUUGUUUGCAUACUGUAGCAGAAAAUUAUUUUGUUACAUUUCAUACUACAAAAUGACAUCAGCAAUUACACUAAAGAUCAGUUUUUAAUGUGCGUUGGAUUUUGGAUUGCAAUGUGACCGUUGUAAUACACAAGGAAUAAGCAGUGCAAAAUUGGAAAAUGCUUAAUACUUUUGAGAAACGAAAGUAACACUUGGAUGGUAAUGUUUACGAUUGUCCAACAUACAUUUAGUAUUAGGCCAGGAAAGCUGUCAUGUCAGAGACUCGAAGACUUAAGGUUCUGUUGUCGUAUUGUGCCAAUUCGGAAGUCAAAGAAAACGUCUCAGACAUAUGUUGUAGUUUUUCCUAUGGAAAAAACCUGACUGCUGUUUCUGUCAAUUGGUACAUAUAAAUGUAUGUAUGUAGGUGUUCAAGUACAUGUAAGUAUUUUGUGCCAAUAACUGGGAAAAUGGUUGUUGCUAUUGAGAUACUGUGAAGUUUCUGCAGAUGUACAUGUAGAAUUACCAUGUAUGUGUACCAUAUUAUUUCCCUGUAUGAAGUUUGUGUAAGUGUACAGUAAUGUGUAUAUCUUGUAGGCUAGGCAUACGGGUGUGUUGAAUUUUUCAUAUGUGGUAAAAGAAUUCUAUUUAUUCCAGGUGGAAAGUGUCAAUAUAAUUCACAACAUCCAAGGAACAUGUGAAAUUUUCCAAUAUAGCAAGUCUAUCUCCUGACCAUGAUGUAACUGCUGAUCAGUCUUAUGUAAAAUUAUAGGGUAACUUUGUCAAUCUGACAACAGAAAAGGGUCUAGCCUAUUGAGGAUACACAAAACUUCAAACAAUGCGAGCCAAUAAAAGUACAUGU